AAUGAAAUUUGUACAACUCAUAUUUAUAGUAUCGUCACGAAAUCAUAAUUGUUAAACGAGACAGAUAGCAGGAUCGUUGGAAUAUCGUGUUCAAAUAAAAAUUUAAGAUUUCCCUGGCAAUCGUAUAGUAUCCUAAAUUCUUUGCACCACUCGAGCUUUCCCGUUAAAGAUUAUGUAUUUUCGAUUUCAACCCCGCCGUUCAAAAGAAAAUAAGACGCGUUUCAAAGCACUUUGAAAAUAAACGGCUCGCAAGUUGUCGAGUCCGGACAAAACGGCACUCUUCCGUCCAUUUAUAAAAUCAUGAAACCAGAUUGCUGGGCACAAGUUCCCUCCUUUUCUCACCCUCGGGGUGCGAGCUCGUCGCUCCGGGUGUACGAUAUUCGGCUCCGGAGGGUUGAAUUGGGAGCCAGGCAGACUGGCUGACUGGCUAGAGAAGCCGUGAUUCAGCGGCUGAGAGAGGGAGAGACGGAGGGCGGUCCAGAGACUCCAGAGGCGUGUCGGGCUCCUGGGAGUCCUGGGAGCGAGCGUGAUCCAGCGUGGGGGAACUCCGCGCGCUUUUCGGUGCCCCAGGCCCCAGUCUUCACUGAGGCGCCACAUCGUGCGUGUCGUUGCUGGCGAGAGUGGUCUUCUCACACUCGUGGAUCGAGCGCGGUGAAUCGCGCGAAAGAGAAUACAAGGCUGUUCUUCGUCCCGUCAUCUAAACUAACACUUUCGGAGUUUUCCUUUUUUCUUCCAAGAGGCGCGAUCUCUCGUUUAUCCCGAUACACGCGGGAGCUAGUAUCGAUAGUGACAUAUAGUCGACCUCCACCGAGAAGGAGGAGAGAGAGUGUUGUCCAGGAGGCCCGGUUAACCCGCGGCGACGAAGAUGAUGCACGCAAUGAGCGAGCACGCGGGCGUGGGCGUGCUACCAUUCGACGGAAUGGGUCUUUACGAACAGCCGCGACCGCCCCGGCUCGUCUUCAAGAUGCCGCGCGUGGUCCCCGAUCAGAAGACCAAGUUUGAGAGCGACGAGCUGUUCAGAAGGCUGAGUCGCGAGAGCGAGGUGAGAUACACUGGUUACAGAGACCGGCCGCUCGAAGAACGUCAAGUACGUUUCCAAAAUGGCUGUCGGGAAGGCCACACGGAGAUCGCGUUUGCGGCGACGGGCACCAACCUCCAGCUUGUUUUCGGCAACGCAUCCGGAAACUAUCCCGUCGAUCCCAACGACUGCGAUUUCGACAAGGAACACGGGAAGGUAAGUGGGCAUCGCUUUUUUUAAAAAUUAUCUUAAUCAUCGUGGACUUUAUCCUGAUUAUCAUCCCGAUGGACCUGCACGAGCGAUUUUCUAUCCUUCGCUCUCGCCAUUACAGCCUAAAACUCCAUCUUAAAUACCAUCAUGUUAUAAAAAUUUAUG